AUGCAUCGCUAUUUUCAACCAGCUGCUGGACAUGGACAUGGUGGACAUGUUCCCGGUGGAGUUCCUGGUGGAGUUGCUGGCGGAGUUGCUGGUGGAGUUGCCGGCGGAGUUGCUGGUGGAGUUGCCGGUGGAGUUGCCGGCGGAGUUGCCGGCGGAGUUGCUGGUGGAGUUGCUGGUGGAGUUGCUGGCGGAGUUGCCGGUGGAGUUGCUGGCGGAGUUGCUGGUGGAGUUGCUGGCGGAGUUGCUGGGGGAGUUGCCGAUGGAGUUGCUGGCGGAGUUGCCGGUGGAGGUGCCGGUGUAGGUGCUGGUGUAGGUGGUACUGGUCCUUGUUGCAAAAAACAAUUAUAA